GACUUCGUUAAAUAACCGCUUUACUUAGCUACUCACUUAUUUACUUGGUUGCCUCUCCGCUUAACCACUCUCCUUUGUUUCCCUUCUACAAUGUCGUCCUGGGAUGAUUCUGAUAUGUCGCCCGUUUCUUCUCCUGCAUCGUCGCCUUUUUUUGGGCCUGUAGACUCCUCGCCACCAUCUUCACCGACUUUGAGCCCUCUUGCAAGCUCUCCGCCUUCUCCUGGCAUUGUUCACCCGUUUGCUGCCUCCGCCAAAGCCACACGACCUCCGAAACUCUAUGAGAAGCGUGAAGCUAGACGUUUUGCUGAGCUAGACUCGCUGGGACGCAGCGUUGACGCGUUUGAUGCGAAGCAACGCGUGCAAUCAUCCAGUUCAGUAUGCAUGUCCAAUGCAAAAUCCAUUGAUUUGGAUACAUGUAGUGAAAGUGGAGACACUGAAUUCGACGAGCAUGAAUUCUGGGAGGCAAAAGUGUCUGAAGCAAUCGACAAUGGUAACGGUAUUAUCGACCUGAGUGAGUUUGGCAGUAUUCCUCCUAGGCCCGGGCAGAAGGGGUUGACAGCAAUACCUCCAGCAAUUGGCGAUCUUGCGAAUUUGGUCGUACUUCAGGAUCCACUCCGUCACAUGAGUCCCGCCACCGCGGCGUACGUUGCGCCUAGGCGCACUAUGACACGAGCUGCGACUGCUCCAGCAAGCGCAGCAUUCGCAUCCUCUAGGAUCGGAUUAAUGAAAACCACGUCUUUCAAUCAUUUUACGACUGGUCGUCAGCCAAAUGAGAUCCAGUUGUUCCUCGGUAACCACCAAAUUGCGAGUUUGCCACCUCAGCUUUUCUUGGUACAAGGCCUUGUAGUCCUGAGUCUUCGAGGCAACCUUUUGACGCACAUUCCACCUCAGAUCGCAAACCUGCGGAAUCUGAGACAUCUCAAUAUCUGCAAUAACAUGUUGACAUUCCUCCCUGCCGAGAUGCUCGACAUGGAACUCGAUUCUUUGGAUUGCUCGAUGAACAAAUGGAUGGAACCACCGCCAGAACUUCUUCACCCAAAAUGUGCACGAAUUGUCUCAAAGACUGUUAGUUUAUUUGUCAUUCCCACACUCAAGGAAUACGUCCAUCGCUUCCUUCUAUCCCCAGCGCAACCUUCGAACCCAACUUCCAUAGAAGAGACCGUCCUGGAACACAUGGGUGGCUUUGCUGUCAUCCCCGACAUCAUGGCUGAUCACCUGGUGGCAGAACUACACAUAUGUCUUCCUCAUAUCAUCCCUCGACCUGACGCCGACAUGCAUCCUUCUCCUGCGAAAAGGGCUCGCAGACAGUCCCCCGCAGAUGAAUCGUUCUCAUUCCUCUUGCCUAAGGUGAAGGAGAAGAGACGUGAUGAAACCAUACUGGAGGAGCAUCCUGGAAUUGGCGUAUGUCCCAACCGAUCACAUACUCACAAGUCCGUGUUUGUGAACCAUGCGGAGGAAUGGUUCACUUGGGAAGGUGUGGUAGCUGGACAGAGAGCAUGUGAGAAAUACGGCGUACCAAUGAAAUGGCGAGGAUGUUCUCCGGGCUGUUUGGCCUUCCUUGGACCUGACAAUAAUGCGGCUAAAGACCAAGAGGGGGCUAUUGGUAUCGCUGAGGAGCAGGUCGACCCAGCGGAGCAUGAGGGUGUAGAGGUUAUCAACCUCGAUUCCUUUGAUGAUGAUUCAGAAUUCGAGUAAAUGCCGUCUUCAGAUAGCUUGCAUUACUCAAAGCGAUACGGACGCAUCUCGUGGAACCUUUUUGCACUACAUUUGUACUAUACCACGACAAUUCUUGCUUCCACAUCCUAUCGGUUACGUAUCCAAUAUUCCCAGUAAUUUCUUGCAACAUUGUACUAUAGCAUAGGCACCACAAACGGAUGAUACCUUCCUUCUUGCUCAUUGGGUGUGAAAGUGUCUUCACGAUAUUGCUAUAGUUCCAAACAUAUAUUGACGUGCUUCUUUGAAAGGCUGAACGAACCUGGUAAUAUGCCGAUCGAUCGUCACAUUUGAGACCUCAGAUGUCUCGAGUUAUCGGGAUCUAAAGUAUCCUCUUAGGUCUUCAUACAUCCC